AUGCCCGGAGGCGUCUGCGCUGUUCUCGACUACGAUGUCGAGCUGAUGGCUGACUAUGUUGCCGAGAUGGCCACGCGACUGGUCACUCCUCACACCAACACGGUCAACCCAGCCUUUCGCAAGUUUGUUUGCCAGAUCUUGACUUCGACUCGUCUUCCAAGCACGACCAUCUUGCUUGGAAUGAACUAUCUGGCGAAGCGCAUCAAUAUGAUGGACGCUGUUGGACAGAAGCCCAACAACGAGGGUCAGAUCUGGCGUAUGCUCACCAUCGCCCUGCUUCUCGGGAGCAAGUUCCUUGAUGACAACACGUUUCAGAACAAGUCUUGGUCUGAGGUCAGCGGGAUCUCCGUUCAGGAGCUGAACACUCUGGAAUACGAGUGGUUAGGCGCCAUUGGAUGGUCUCUUUAUGUCCACCUCGACGAGAGCAAAGACUACCAGGCCUGGCUGGCCAACUGGAAGGCUUGGAAGGAGACCAGAAAGAGGGAGCGGCAGACGAAUCUUACCACUUCAGUCGAAUCCGAUUCCAGCCGAGCUCGGGCGCAAUAUCUCCAGAAUACUUGGUACCAGAUGCAAGUGGCAGAGUAUAAGCGCUACGAGGCUAUGAAGGCCAACGAAGCCGCGAUGGCUGCGUCGUACCGCCGCGACCAAUCUCGUUGGGCUUCUCAAACUUAUUCUUGGUCUCAACCUGCCCCUUCGUUGACACCCCCUGAUUCUGGGUACGGUACCCCCGAGUAUCCCAACCCGACUACACUCCUCAAGCUGGAUUAUGUCGACGCGUCGCUGUAUGGCAGCACCGCAACCUCACGGCACUACGGCAAUCACCAAAAUCCCUCGUACAAUGCAAAAUCCGGUGCUUACUAUCCGUAUGCCUACAAUUUUUGGCAGCACCCAAGGAUGGCUGGUUGUCCUUGCGCCGGAUGCACUCCUCCGCAGCCUGUGGCCUACUUUGAUGCUCGUGUGUAUGGGCAAGCGGUCGUUGGCUAA